UUCCUCCUGGGACCCGGUUAAUCUCUGGGUCAGUGUGUCUGGCAUGUUCUGCUUCUGCCUGCAGAGUUCUCUGCUGAAGCUCCAGGCGCUGGAGGUGGAGGGGGGCCCCUCUCUGGGUCCGUCCCCUGAGGAGAGCCCCCCUGCCCUGGGCAGCAAGGAGCAGAAGAGCCCCUGCGGGUCGGUGGAGCUCGGAGGGAAGGAAGGGAAGACGCUGGCUCUCUGCCACAGCGUCCCUGCUGACGAAAACAGCCCCCCAGAGCCGCUGACGGUCCUGACCCGGCCUCCGCAGUCUCCCAGACACCAGCCGUUUGCCUCCAUCCACCCCGGCCAGCAGCCCCUGACCCCCGACGCAGUCCCGCCCCCCAGCCCUCACCACUCCCCCUACUCCCCGCAGAGGAGCAGCCCUGGAGGCGAGGGGGGAGGGGGAGGAGAGGGAGGAGGCGGAGCUCUCCUGCAGCUCCUGGCGGGCGGCCCCAGCCCGCUGCCCUCCCCCCGCUGCUCCAGCCUCAGCCACAGCCUGAGGUUCAACUCCGACCCCGACACGGCGCCGUCGCCGCCCUGCAGCCAGCAGUACAUACAGUGUCGGGGUCGGGACCGGGCCGAGGGCUCGGAGGACCCGGAGUGUCCCUCCUCCAUCGCGUUCCUCACCAGACAGAUCCAGAUGCUGAAGAAGAGGGUCCGCAGGUUUGAGGAUCAGUUUGAGCAGGAGAUGAACUACAAGCCGUCCCACAACGAUAAAUAUUCCAACCCAGAGAUGAUCAGAGUGAUGGGGGAACUGGCGAAGGCUCGCAAACAGCUCAAAGAGAUGAGACUCAGACAGUCUGUGUUUGAGUCGAAGGAGACGGACGGAGCAGAGAACACCUGCAGGUACGUCUCCGGCCAGCAGGGGGCCCCGGACCACAAACCCACUCUGGAGGAGACGGUGGAGUCUCUGUUUAGACGGCUGAAGGAGAAGAGACAAGCUCUGGGUCUGCCGGAGAACAUGAAGGAGAUGACUCAGGCUCAGAUGGUGCUGGAGAAGAUCACUCUACAGAAAUGUCUGCUCUACUUCGAGAGUCUGCACGGCCGACCAGGAGCGAAACAGGAGAAGAACCUGGUGAAGCCUCUGUACGACCGAUACCAGAUGAUUAAACGUUUACUGUGUGCCAGCCCGACGAUCCCCACUAUAGAGGAGGAGGACGGCUCUGAUGAAGACUCCACGAGCUCCACAACACUCGAUGAACCUCCCGUCCCGCCGCUUCAUAGAGCGGCACGACCUGUGUCUGGCGAGGAGGACAGCGACCGAGACAGCGACCCAGCCUUCGUGUCCCCAUUAGAUGAGGUGAAGGCCGUCCAUCAAAAACCUGCUCUCACCAUGGCCAACCUGCACGAAGCAUCCAGGUCUCAGCUGCUGGAGUGUCUGCGGGAAACGAGGGCAGAGAAGAAGACCAGGCGUAAAGUUCUGAGAGAGUUCGAGGACGAGUUUUACCGUCAGACCGGAAGAAUCUGCCAAAAAGAGGAUCGUACUCCAAUAAAGGAGGAAUACCAGGAAUACAAACAGCUCAAGGCAAAACUGCGUCUGCUGGAAGUCCUCCUCAGCAAACAGGAAGUCCCUUAAACCAUGUGAGACAAAACUGAAGCUCCCGAAAACACCCCAAAACUAUUCCAGUGAUUAUCUGAGAGGAAAAUGGGGCUUUUAUAUGUUCUUGUUUAGAGAAGAAGAAGUGUUUGAGCUGAGAUCAAGCGUUUUCCUUAACAUUA